AUGUUUGUUUGCCACCUUCAGCCGCUGGGCGAUGAAAGGUCCACCGAUGGUUCCUCCAUGCGCCUGUUCCGAUACACACAAGAGUACAGAGGAUGGACUUCCAGACCUUCGGGCGAAGCAGAGGAAGACACAAUGUGGCAGGGGGUCCUCCCAACCAAGCAUGAAAAAAUAGCAUCUCGCUCGUUCUUCAAAGUUACGACGACGACCCACCUCUGGGGGAGCAACAAGGCCAAAAGUCCACACCACCCCAUACCCCGUAUCCACGCUUGGGAGUACAUCUACGAUGUACCGAGCAUCCGACCUCGCAAUUAG